GUGAGGGUAGAGUUCACAGACAAGGCCAAUGACUUUAGUCUGGAGAUCCCAGAGGGAGCCAUUCCUGAGGGAGAGAGACUCACAGUUGAUGUGGGGUGGCCCUCUCUGGCCGUUCUAAGUUCCCAGAAGGACAUGUCUCAGGAGACUGGACGAGAUAUUAAAAGGAAUGAACUAGUCGGAUAUGAUGUGAAGAGGGAUGCAUUUGAGUUUAGGGCUACUAAUUCAUCGGAAGAGCCAACACUAGAGAUGACCAUUACCCAACCAGAGCAUGGAAUAAUUGGUGUUAAUGAACCUGGACUGUCCAACAUCAUAAAUUGACUUCUUCAUUCGAGAGCCAGUUUCAAAGGAAGCUUUUUGGCAGACAUUUGACCAAAGAGAAUGC